UACCCGUGCCAAGAUUUGCAGCCGCGGCUGUCAAUCACCAGGUCCCGGCCGGUGAUUACCCGCCAGCACCCGGUAAUUACAGAGGAUCUCCAAUGGGGAGGAGGGCUGCUUUGUUUAUUAACAGUUUUCCUCCCUGUUGGCUCGGCCACACUGCUCUGGAUGGCUAGCAGUGUGCUUACAGCAAAGCACCAACAUACCGCCCCUUAGUAAAACACUCCCAGCACACAGUUAACCCUUUCAUCACCCCUCAUGUUAACCCCUUCCUUCCCUGUGUCAUUAGUACAGUAUCAGUGCUUUUUUUUUAGCACUGAUCACUGUAUUAGUGUCACUGGGGAUGUCAGUGACACCAAGUCAGUUCCCCCCAGUGUCAGAAUGCCCACUGCAGUCCUGCUAUAAGUCACUG